GUAUCCUUUUCAUUUACUGAUCAUAUGACAUAAAUAUGUAUUUAAUAAACGAGCAAAACUCAUAUUAAGCAACAAUCUUAACAAUAGUUUAUUUAUUUAGACGAAUCUGAUUACUGUAUGCAUAUGUAUAUACAUAUAUAUAUGAAGAUAUGUAUUUCGAAUAGUUGGUUUCUGUUUAUUCACGCCCAUUCUUUUGUUUAUAACUACCUUCAAUGUAUCAAUAUGUAACCAGUUUCAAUUUCCGGAUAUACAUUGCUUCGAACGUAUUGAGGAUAGAAGUAAUAAAUUGAGAAUUCAAACAAUAGGAUAACAUGAGAACGAAUAAGAAUUAUUCUAAUAAUGAUGAUCACAUAAAUGAUAAUUCAAACAAAUACAAUUGGUUCACUGUAUCACUAUACGAUAAUGUUGAUCAAUAUUCGACUAAACUAUUCAAUUCAAUGAACCAUUCAAAUGAUUCGAUUGAUAAACUAGGUAGACAGUUUACACAAUUAGCUGUAGACUCAAUGAAAACUCAUGUAGAUAAUGAAUUAAUUAAACAUGAUCAUAUAAAACAAUUUAUUCUAAGUAGACAGUCAACAUUGAACAUUGGUAAUUCACAGAAUUCAAUAAAACCUGUAACAUCAACAACUCAUACACCAUCUAUGAAUCAUAGGGUACCAGCAAUUGAUAAAAGACAGAAGAAGUCAAUACAUGGAUUAAACAAUACAAAUCAAAUAAUAGAUGAAUCGAAGAGAAGAAACUCUCAUCAAGAAAACUAUCUCAGUAUGAAUUGUAACAAUGAUCAACAAUUAAAUUCUAUAAUAUUAGUUAAGACAACAUCUAUGAAUAGUGUAUUGCCUACUAACAAUAUGAUCAAAGAUGUCACAUCAAUUCAUCGUCCAUCAUUACAAAUAUUGAAUCAUCAUUCUGAACCAAGUAUAAUUGAAGAUAGAGAAGUAUUUAACAAAUCAUCACAUUCAUUAACAUCAGUUUUACCAACAUCUAAUCUAUUGUCGACUUCAUUGAAUUCUAUAUCGAAAUCAAUACGGAAAGAUGAGAAUAGUGACACAUUCAACAGUAAAAUGACCAGUGAUUUAUUCAGUAGUAUGAUACAUUCUGAGAAUCAACCACAAUCAUUACAAUUGAAUAAUCAAACUGAAAAUUUCACUAAUGAUUUAAAACAGAAUAAUGAUAUCAGUAACAAGUAUACAUCAGUUGAGAAUAGAAUAACCAAUUCCAAAUCAAAUGGACUUGGUCUAUAUUGUAUAUUGAAUACAAUUGGUUUAGGUAAUUUUUCACAAGUGAAAUUAGCUACUCAUAUUUUAACAAAAGAACGCGUCGCAAUUAAAGUAUUAGAUAAAAGUAAAAUGAAUACAUCAACUAGACGAUUAUUAAGUCAAGAAAUAUCGAUUUUAGAAAGUUUACAUCAUCCAAAUAUUAUAAGACUUUAUGAAGUGAUUGAAACAUUUUCACAUUUAAAUUUAGUCAUGGAAUAUGUAGCUGGUGGAGAUUUAAAUCGUAGAAUUGUUAAAUAUGGUAAAUUAAGUGAAUCAGAAGGUAGAAUUGUUUUUGCACAAUUAAUUGCUGCAGUCAAUCAUUUACAUGAACGUAAUAUUAUUCAUAGAGAUAUUAAAGCAGAGAAUAUUUUAUUUACAUACGAUAUUAAACAUACUACUACUACUACUGAUACUACUGAAACAUUCAUAAAAACAAAAAAAUUUAAAAAAGAAUUAAAACAAAAAAAUCAUCAAACUAUGAAUGAUGAAAAUAAACCAUUCGGAAAAAUACAAAAAUUAUUACAUCAGCAGCAUCAGCAGCAGCGGCAUCAACAUCAUCAGCCGCAUCAGCAUCCGAAUCUAUUACAAUCAUUACAUAAACCUCAUAAUAAUGUGACAUCAUCCAAAUUAAAAAUGAAACAAGAAUAUUCUAAGAAUAAUCCAUUACAUAAUAUGAAUUCAAUUAAUAAUGGAAAGAAAUUAGUUAAACAUAAAUUACAUCAAUUCAAUUCAAUGGAAGGUGAUGAUAAUGAUGAUGAUGAUGAAGUUGAAGGAAGCUUAAAUGAUUUAUGCCCAGAUCAUUAUCGUGUGAAAUUAGUUGAUUUUGGUUUUAGUAAAUUAAUUAAAGAAACAAAUCAACAAUUAACAACAUUUUGUGGUUCACCUGCAUAUGCUGCACCAGAAUUAUUUGAAUCAAAAUCUUAUCGUGGUGGACCAGUUGAUAUGUGGGCACUUGGUAUAGUAUUAUUUUUUAUGUUAACUGGUUUAUUACCGUUUAAUGGUACAACUGUUGGACAAGUUAGACGUUUAGUAUUGAAUAAUAGUGGUCUACAACCACCAGAUUAUUUAUCACCAGCAGCUGCUGAUCUUUAUCGUAAUUUAACAACACGUCAACCGGAUCUACGUCCAACAGCUUCACAAUUAAUUAAAUAUGCACAAUUUGCUAGAAAAGAUUUAACACCAAUUGAAAUUAUAUUACGUCAACGUUCAACUUGGACAAAUUGGUUAACUGGUCAAACAUUUCCUAAACCAUUACCUCGAUUUAAACAUUGUCCACCUCUUCCUACAACUCCUCAGAUUAAACAGAAUCUUAUAAAUUCAUCUUCAUCAGGAUAUAAAAUAAACAAGAAUAUAUCCAUGGAUAAAAUCACUUCAAAUGAUGAAAUCCCACUAUCUAAUCAUCUAAUACAUAAACAAUCAAUCCAUACUAUUCCAAGCAUUACAAAUAAUCAAACUGAUCAUGAAACAUUGAAUCAAUUGAAUGAGAUCAAUUCAUCAGAUCAAGAUGAUGCUGAAUUAGAAGCAGCAAAUUAUUUAUUAUCAAAUUUAGGUAUAACCACUGAUGAAAUACAAAAUUCCUAUAAUUAUUCAACACGAUGCGCUGUCACUGGUGCAUAUCGUAUUAUGUUGCAUAAAAUUCAUAGAUCACGACGUCUUAGUCAAUUAGAUCAAAUCACAUUGUCACCUUAUAAUACUAAAGAUAAUUCCAUUAAAUCAUUCAAAUUCAAUUCGAAUUUAUCAACUAUUCAACAAAGUUCUAAUAAUCUUCAAGAAAAUUCAUUUCAAUCAAAAUUAAUUCCAUUAAAAUUCAAUGAAUAUUCUAAUGAUUCAUUCAAACAAAAUAAUUCUAUUAGAAAAUUAAAUACAAAUAAAAAAUUACAUCAAAAAUCAUCAAGUAGAUUAUGUUACUUAAUUUAAUAUAUAUAAGUAGUAUCAGUAGUAAGUUAAAAAGAUAAAACAUGAUUACGAUGAUGAUGAUGAUUAUUAUUAUCCAUAUUCUAUUAUUAUUGAUGUUUUUUGUUACCAUAUCGACUAAUUUAUUGAUUUACUUUAUUUUUUUAACUUUUUUUUUG